ACCCGCUGCAUCGCAUCAUGGCUGCCAGUGUCCAUCAUUCGACCAGCAUGGCUCGACUGGACAUUGACGACCACAACCCUGACAUCUUCACCAUCAUCUGCUUCAACGACAGCUUCCAGCUCGCCCUCGACCUGACCACCAUCGCAACCCUCCUCCGAGUGUGCAAACAAGCCCGGCCUCUCCUGAGCUCCAAGGUGCCUCGCUUCCACACCUGGUGUCAGAAUGCAGGCUUGUGCAAUCCAGACGGACAGCUGCGGUUCGCACUCACACCGAGCGACCAGAUUGCCCUCUCGCUGCACUGCGAGGAUCAAGCCACAGCAGACCGAUCCUGGCUGGAAGAUCGGGCAGAGCAGGGCAAUGCAUCGGCCUCGUACUUCCUGGCACGGAUCCUCCAAGUUGACCAAGAAUCAGAAAACGACGAUGAGCUUGAAGGGAGUGCCGAGCGCCAGCACAUCUUCCGCCUUCUGGAGAAGGCAGCCAACACAAGCCAUCCAAUGGCACAGUUCCACCUGGCUGGCUGCUAUCGCAACGGACUCGGGGUCGACCCAGAUCACACCAAAGCCAUCCAAUUGUAUCGCAGUCUUGCGGACCGUGGAGUGGCACAGGCCCAAGUUGCCCUCGGUCGAUGCUAUGAGAGUGGUGAAGGUGUUGAUCAAGACUACGACACAGCCAUCGAGUGGUAUUCCAAGGCCGCCGACCAGGGCAGCGAAGACGGCCGACUCCACAUCUUGUUUCUCCGGGGAUGCGGGACGGGAGUCGCCAUGAGCCCCACCAAAGCAAUCGAGUGGUUUCGCAAGUCGGCCAAGCAGGGCAGUCGAUACGGGCAGAAUGAGCUCGGCAACUGCUACCUUAAGAGCAGGGGUAUCGCCCGGAACAUCGACACCGCCGUUUUCUGGUACCGCAAGGCUGCAGAACAGGGUCUUGAAGAGGCCAUUGACAGCCUCCAAGAACUCGGCCAGUGGCCAUGA